GGAGGGUGCAGGGAGCCGGCGGGAGCCCCGCCGGGAGGAGCGCCGCGAUGCUGUCCUACAGCGUGCUGGACGCCAACGUGGUGGACGUGGAGAAGCGGAGGAACCCCUCGAAGCACUACGUCUAUAUAAUCAACGUAACAUGGUCCGACCUGACUUCCCAGAUCAUCUACCGGAGAUACAGCAAGUUCUUUGAUCUGCAGAUGCAGCUUCUGGACAAGUUCCCUAUCGAAGGAGGCCAGAAAGACCCCAAGCAAAGAAUCAUCCCUUUUCUACCAGGUAAGAUCCUGUUCCGGAGGAGCCACGUCCGAGAUGUAGCUGUGAAGAGGCUGAAGCCCAUCGACGAGUACUGCAGGGCGCUGGUUCGGCUUCCCCCUCACAUUUCACAGUGCGAUGAAGUCUUCAGGUUCUUUGAGGCUCGCCCAGAAGACCUUAACCCUCCAAAAGAGGACUAUGGAUCUUCAAAGAGAAAAUCAGUUUGGAUGUCCAGUUUGUCUGAGUCUCCCAAGAAGAGUGUUGCUUCAGGUGCUGAUGCUAGCUCUGAACCCAUGAUCCUGGAGCAAUAUGUGGUGGUGUCCAACUAUGAGAAGCAGGAGAACUCUGAGAUCAGCCUCCAGGCUGGAGAGGUCGUGGAUGUCAUAGAGAAAAACGAAAGUGGCUGGUGGUUUGUGAGCACUGCAGAGGAGCAGGGCUGGGUCCCUGCUACAUACCUGGAAUCCCAGAAUGGAACCAGAGAUGACUCUGACAUCAACACAUCCAAAAUUGGGGAAGUUUCUAAGCGACGCAAGGCUCACCUGAGGCGCCUGGACCGGCGAUGGACGCUGGGCGGGAUAGUCAACAGGCAGCAGAGUCGAGAAGAGAAAUAUGUCACCAUCCAGCCGUACGCCAGCCAGGGGAAGGAUGAGAUUGGGUUCGAAAAAGGGGUCACCGUGGAGGUCAUCCAAAAGAACCUGGAAGGAUGGUGGUACAUCAGGUAUCUUGGCAAAGAGGGCUGGGCCCCAGCUUCCUAUCUGAAGAAGGCUAAAGAUGAUCUUCCAUCUAGGAAAAAGAACUUAACUGGGCCAGUGGAAAUCAUAGGAAACAUCAUGGAGAUCAGUAACCUGCUGAACAAGAAAUCAUCCACUGACAAAGAAACUCAAGCAGAAAAUGAGUCUUCAGAAUCACAUAUCACCAAGAAAGAAAUCAGUUUGCCCAUUCUCUGCAAUGACUCUAAUGGCAAUGCCAUGAUGACCCCAGACAAGCAGGCUUCCAAACUGGCACAAGGAUCCCCAGCCGUCGCAAGGAUAGCACCACAAAGAGCUCAAAUAAGUUCUCCAAAUUUAAGAACAAGGCCGCCCCCACGAAGAGAAUCUAGUCUGGGUUUUCAGUUGCCCAAACCACCAGAGCCACCCUCUGUGGAAGUGGAAUACUACACGAUUGCAGAGUUCCAGUCCUGCAUCUCUGAUGGGAUAAGCUUUCGUGGAGGACAAAAGGCAGAGGUUAUAGAAAAGAAUUCUGGUGGUUGGUGGUACGUGCAGAUUGGAGAGAAGGAAGGAUGGGCUCCAGCAUCUUACAUUGACAAGAGGAAGAAGCCAAAUUUAAACAGAAGAACCAGUACUUUAACCCGUCCAAAAGUUCCUCCCCCAGCACCUCCCAGUAAACCAAAAGAUUCUGAAGAAGGAACAACUGGAAUGGUUUCUUCAGGGGAUACCCAGGACUCUCCCCAUAAGCUCAAAUAUGAAGAACCUGAGUAUGAUGUGCCUGCCUUUGGCUUUGAGUCAGAGUGUGAAGUAAAUGAAAGUCAUCAUGAAGAGGGCACUCCUGAAAAACGACUAUUUCAGCCCCCCAAGCCAUCUCCUGUGUCAUCACUUCAGAAAGCAAAGUUCAAAGUCGGAGAGUCUUCAGAGGAUGUUGCUCAUGAAGAAGAGACCAUUUAUGAGAAUGAGGGAUUCAGGCGUUAUGUGGAAGAUACUUUGUCCAAUAAGGAAUCUAGUGGAGACUCGGAUUCUCAGAAAAGCUCCUCUCUCUCCUUGAUCCGAAGGAACUCUCCAUGUUCCAGCUCCCCGAAAUCAUCACUUGUGAAGCCCAAGAUGGACAAAAACAUCCAGCCCGAUCUUGGAAAAUGUCACUAUUCCAGGAAUGAGGAGACGAAACCAAGGUCAGCUUCAGAUGUUGGCUUACGUAGCAUGCCAAGAACGGGUGUGAAGAAAGAGCCUGGGCAGAGUCCUUCCAUUAGAGCAAAGCCAAUUGUUAGGCCCAAACCAUUCCUGAACAAGGCAGAUUCUCAGAGCCAAGAAAAGAUGGAUAUCAGCACUUUAAGGCGUCAGCUGAGGCCAACUGGGCAACUCAGAGGUGGACUUAAAGGUUCAAGAAGUGAAGAGUCUGAGAGCCCUCCACACACAGCUUCUGAGAACCAAGAUGAUCCUGUUAGGAGGAGCUCAGCUGACCUCAUUACAGCUCCUUCCCGUGCCAUUUUCUGCUCUAGUCAUGCAGCCAAAACUGAGCAAGAAAACGACUCCAGGUGUUUCUAUGUGACCACUGACUCAUACCAAAAGGUACAGGAUUCUGAAAUUUGUUUUCCAGCGGGUGUAGAAGUAGAAGUGCUAGAAAAACAACCCAGUGGGUGGUGGUACCUGAAAUACGGAGAUAUGGAAGGCUGGGCUCCUUCCCAUUAUUUGGCUCUCCCGGAUAACCAGCGAGAAACCACAUCAGCAGAGACUGACGCCUCAUUUGCCAGGAACAGGAAAAAUGAAAACAAGUCAAACAGUUUAGAGAAGAUAGAGAAGAGAGUUCAAGCUUUGAACACCAUCAAUCAGAGCAAACGUGCUACGCCACCCAUCCCAAGUAAACCUCCUGGUGGUUUUUCAAAAACGUCAGGGCCAGUCAAAAUGAGGAAUGGUGUGAGGCAGCUUGCCGUCCGGCCUCAGUCAGUCUUCGUGUCUCCCCCACCAAAAGAUAACAACCUGUCAUGCUCCUUGCGCAGAAAUGAGUCUUUAACAUCUACUGAUCAUCUUAGAAAUGUCCGUCGGAAUUCCUCCUUCAGUAACACACGGUUGCAGCAGGGUGAUGCGAAGGGAAAGCAGCCUGAGCGGUCAGGCACGGAUGGCUCAGAGACCACCUCCAACCUCCCCACCCAGAAGAAUGGGAUCCCUGUGUCCACUGUCAGGCCAAAGCCCAUUGAAAAGUCCCAGUUCAUCCACAACAAUCUCAAGGACAUCUAUGUUUCGAUUGCAGACUAUGAAGGGGAUGAGGAGACUGCAGGGUUUCAAGAAGGUGUCUGCAUGGAGGUCCUUGAAAGGAACCCAAAUGGCUGGUGGUACUGCCAGAUCAUGAACGGUGUGAAGCCAUUCAAAGGCUGGGUACCCUCAAAUUAUUUGGAGAAAAAGAACUAAUAUUGCAAUAUCUUUAAUGUCCCUAAUUUAUACUGUUCCUGCUGUGUAAAUGUGGAAAAAACAAUUACUACACAAAAAGACAUUUCCCUGUGCCCCAGUUUGUACAAAGGGACAAAGGAGUCUAUGCUGAGGACAAAUCUGCUAUGUUCUGGAGAGGUUUGUGGGGUUAACGCGUUGUAAGCAACUAUGAGGAAGAUGCAGCAUAGUCAAAUGCCUUUUUGUGAAGUUGUUAAUAAUCUUGUAUGUGUAACAGGGUAUGACAUCCCAUCUUUCCAGUUAUUGACAGGAAACCAAAUGUGUGCCUUUCGUGAGAGAAAUACACAUGCAUCUACUUGGGGAGUUUUGUGCCAAACUCGUUUUACAAUCUUGGCUCCUUUUCUCCUUGUUCUUGUCCAUACAUGGAAUACCCAAGAGUUUUGGAUGCAUUUCCACAACUUGCAAUGAGAAGCAAUUGGAAGUUUCUGAAACACAGAGGGACUCUAAUCCUUUGGAGAAGCUCACUUUUUUUUUUUUAAAAAAAAAAAAAAAACUCUUCUUAACAGUUGGUUGGUCCAGAGUUGGAGCCUUUUCAUCGUGGAGAGAUUUGGUCUCUGACUUCAGCUGUACUUUGUUGUUACUGAUAACUCACCGGCAAUGGCGAUCAGGUGGUGUUGGUUGGGGGCUUUUUGUUUCCUUUCUUUCUGUCUCGUUCUUUGAGUUGAUUUCAGGUGUUCUAGGGCAGCAAUGCCUACUGGUGCUUGUAAAACCAAACCUACAAACCCCAUGCUUAAGCACGUUGAUUACUUGCAGGCUCCAUAUUCAGUUCUGUGCUUGACUUCUGCCAGGAGAUCCUGGCUGAAUUUCUUUACAGAGCUGGGUUUCUCAAAACUUAUCAUAAUAUCAAAAUGUACAAAAGUCCCUUAAGACACUGAAGACAAAGCUGUCAAAUGUGUUGCUUCUGUUUUUUGCGAUCUGGUCCAAAUCCAAGCGUGCUGACUGCUGGCAGGGCCCACAAAGGUAUUAGAAAUAGCCGUAACCUUCUGCAACAGCAGUGUUUACAAUGAGGGGGAAAAAAAGCCAUCAAACUCAGUCUGCACAUCCUUAAUUUGUAUAUUUUGGGGGAAUUGUUUUUCUGUGUUUUUGUCUUUUCUGUGCAUUCUGGGUUUACCUUUUUUUUUGUCUUGGUUUACCAGAAGAGACUUAAAACUGAAGUAGGAGCCAAAUGUGUUUCUGUUCCCACUUGAAUCCAAAAAGUAUGUUUGUAAUGGACAGUGUGCCUGGGCUUUUAAUGCUCAGAUUUAAUAUUGAAACAUUUGUCUAAAAUUAAUCUAACCAGGAAGCUGCCUCUUCUAGUUCCAUUUCUGUUUGCCUUUCUUAACUCAUGCUUUCAAACAUGGCACAUGGUGGGGGGAGUGUGGUUGGAAAUAGAUGAGGCAUCCAUUGGAAAAGGCUUGGAAUAUGGAGUUACUCUUGAGGUAGCCAACUCUUGUACUGUAAACAUCAUUGGCCAAAUCCCUACUGUACUUGAGAAAGUCUUGCUUUUUUUUUUUUUUAAUGGCCUUGUUAAUCAUUCAAGAUGAAUAUCUGGUUCCUUUAAAUAAUAGGCAGUAUUGUAUGUCUGUUUCAAGGGGGAAGGGGCAGGCUAUUUCACUACUGGUUUACACAAAAUGAUACGUGCCCUUUUUUCCCACCAGAGCUUCAUACUGAUUUGGCUUGGAAGGUAAAGGUUAUAAAGACUUCAAAAUAGCUGGGAUCAAGGGACUGAGUAAAACAGCACAAGAAUAUUAUGUUACUGGGGAUGUUUCUCUGCCAAAAAAAAAUUACACCAUUUAUAUGUUGUUCUUGUCUUUAUUCUUAAUUUUCUUGGGGGGUGGGGUUUUUAAUUGCCAUGGCAAUAUCAAGAGAGUUGCUUACAGCUAACCUGGCUGAUAUCCUUUUGGUAGCUGAAACAACAUCCAGGUGCCACAACUGGCUACGAGCAGUGCUGUGGUCCGAUGCAGCUCUCUGCAUCCAGGUAGGGAGGGGAGGGUGUUUGGUUGGGAUCCCUUUAAAUUGUGGUGGCAGGAGAAGGAGGUGUAUCUGCACAACAGCUCGUAUCACAGUGUGCAGGGUCCUCUUUGGCCCUUACGUCUUGCUAUAUAAUAUAUAUGUAUAUAUCCAGUUAGCUACAUCUUACUGGAUGUCUAUCUGAGGCAUUGUGGCCCUGUCUCUCAUACUUCUCCCCAUUUUUAGUUGUACUAAUAUGGUAGCAGCCAUAAAAGACUGCUGGAGCUGUUGUGAGAUUAUAAUAGAAGUAUUAUAUUCUUCUGCUGGACAGUAUUAAAUAGAGCAAUACAUAGAGUUAUCUGCUAGAUUGCAGUACUAAUAGUAGUGACUUAGUGACUCGUAUUAAUGUUGUUAUGAUUUAUUUUAACAAUAAUGAUGCGGAAGUGGUUCAUUAUUUUGAAUUAAUGCACUUUAACAAUAAAAGAAACCAAAAUGGAAGCCAAUGCAGAGAACUAAGUGCAUUAUUUAAAGGUGCAGUAUAUAAUUAUCAUUUUCUUGAAGCACAUAUUUAUUAAGAAUUAACUUAUUAUUUAAAAUAUUCUAAAGUUUUGUUUAGAGACAUUCCCACUAGGUCAUCUCUUUGGGGGGAUGUAGAAGCACAGCUCCCAAAUCUUCUGCAUUGAGCCACUGAAUUCUCCAAGUGCGGUGCAGCGUGAUGUGAGCCGCUGCCCAGCGGGAGGAAAGCAGCACGCGAUUCAGACAGGAGAGCCCGGACUACUAUAAACGUUCAUGCCUGCAUCCAGCAAAGCCAAGCCCAGAGCACCUCUGAACUGCAGGAGUCCUUGCAGGGUUUGGGGAGGCUAAGCUGCUUUUGGUGGCCCUUUGUGACACUUGGCUGCCACGUGCCUUGCACGAUGCUGGUCCCUGGUGGGGGUGAACUUGCUGCAAGACUCAGGUUAGUGUGAGGGCUUUCGGAUCUGCCUGUGAAAUGCAAGGCAGACGUGUAACAGACGUUGCUCUGUCCCACAGCUCCCUUUCCACCUUGCUAGCUUGCUCUUCCAGCCCUGGCUUUUGCAGGGAGUUGGUUUGGCAAGCAGUGCUGGGCAUGACACUGUCGGUGCCUGCAGCACCACUGGGCUUUUCACGAGCAUCAGCCCGAGGCACGUUCUGGCCCAUUUGCUCUUUUAUUCUGUCUAGAAGGCUCCGUGGCCCUGAGGAGAGCCAGAGCCUGUAGAUGGGCUGCAAAACCAGGCACAUGGCCUCUUUCUGCCCCCACCUGCACCAGCAGAAGGGAGGGGUGCAAUUAAACUACCUGAUGCUAGAAGUGAAUGUGGGCUGCUGCCCAGCAUGCUGUGCUUCCCACCAAGUGGCAAUGCUUUGGUUUGGGCAUCCCUUUAUUUGAUUGUUUGAUGUUUGGUGCUUUAAAAGGGCAUUUGUAAAAUAAAUACCACCCCCCCUACACACCCCAGAAUUGCAGCUAUUUUCUUCCUCUCUUCUUACUGUUGUCACAGCAUCCCUGAUUUUUUUUUUUCUUUUUUCAACUGAAAGGUAUUGGGACAAGAAUUAUUUUCUUGAUUGGCAAGCAGCUACUUGCAGUCAGCUCCGCUGAUACCCAGAGGUACAAGUGAUUUUUUUUUUUUUUCUCUGUUAGCUGUGAAGCAGAGCAAAAGGCCUUAGACCAAAUCAUAAAAGCUGACUGUAAAGGCAAGGAAACCUGGAAGGGUUUCAGAGGACAGUGUAGUGCUAGAAGCGUUUUAGCUCUUCUCUAAAAUGUUCAUGUUGCCUUAAGCUUUAUUUACUAAAUUUGUCAGAACUGACACUGGAUCACGAGCAAUAUUUAAAUGCAAUGUACACCUCAGUGAGCACUCAAUGCAGAAAUCACUAGUACUGUUAAAAUGUCUCUUUUUCUGGUCUCUUCUUGAACCAGACUGAAGAGGAAGAGCUCUGCAGGGCUUCGGCAAGGCUGUUUGCAGCUGAAGGGGGCCCUCCUCCGGGGGAAGAGGCGGCUGCUGUCACCGCGGGGCUGGCGCCUUGCUCGCACCGCUGCCCGUGCUUUCCAAAAAGUCUUGAAUUUGGACCAGCAGAAAAUCCAAAACCCGAUGCCGUAGAACAAAAUUUGAGAAUGUGAAAAUUGUCUUGCUGUAUACUGCAACUUUAAUAAUAAUGAGCACUUCUGAGUUCGUUAUUGAGGUUUAUAUAAUGCCUGAAAAGUUUAAUUGCUGUUUUCCUUUGUCUCCCCGUUCAAAACACUCUCUCGUAACAGCAGCAGCAGUAAGUUUUUGUUAGCUGCCCUUCCCCAUGGGAGGCAAUUCCAGUUAAUUGUCUUAGCUCUCAUGCCUUGCAGUGGGUGGGUGUAGUCAUACCUACCAGCCUUUUGCAAGCCAAAUUUUUCAAGAUAAAAGAUACGAUGGGCGCGUGCCAAAACGUGUCAACUGGGUGCGUGUGUCAUGUCGUCUUGACAGGAAGUUUUUGAAUCAAAGUACAUUAAUAGCAAGUGCACAAUAAUGAAGGGUUGAAAUUGGCUCAAAGUUAGACUAAAAAAAAAAAAUAAUCUAAUUUCACAUUUGCACUGGUACAGCUAAAAAAUGGAUUUGGCCCUUGUGGAUGCGCACCCCAAAGUCUCUUUCCGUUAUGAUGCUAUAAAGUUUGACGAAGGCAUUAUAUAAUUGUUUUCAUCACUUUCAGAUCUUAAUGAAUCAUAUUUUAUUGUAAUAUAUAUUCAUUGCUUUCCUCAGUUAAAAAGAAAGUUACUGCUUUUAUCUUAUAUGAAAAACAAGGGAAUUUGAUAAAGCAUUCAUUAUUUUCAUAUUACUAGUAUUAACAGAAUAGAACUAGUACUAUUUAAUUUUAGGUCUUCAUAGCUAGCUUGUUAAUAACUCAUAUUUUCCUGUGUUGUAUCCUAAUUUUUGUCUAUUUUUUUUCCCAAAUACUCUGCAUUCUUGAGAAAAACAAAUCCAGUGAGAGGAUAAGUGCAAUAUUCAUAGAAUAAACAGGCCCCUCAUCCAGGACUUGGAGUGGAACGUGCAGUGUGAAAUGUUUGCAAUUCUCUAUUCGUGCACUCUUAGGGGAAGGGAGAAUGCAGGGGAGGGUGCAGCUGGAUGAAAACAAGACCCUUGGGUAGGUAGGGACUGAUAGCUGGGGUUGUUUGGGGUGGGAACAGUUGCUUUUUGUAAAAAGCAUCACCUGUUACUAAAAGUGUAAAGAUUAUGCAGCAUGUUGCCAGGUUUAUGUACAGAAUGUGCAUUAACAUCCUUAUCAAUACAGGACUUCUGAGCUAUGCUUCAAAUACUUUGUAUGUCAUCUAUGCAUGAUACUGCUUUCUGUUAUGUCUCUGCUGGUGGUUGUCCUCUCUUACGCUUCAGAAUCAAUUUCAAAAGGGAAAAUGCUGCUGGUGCAGUCCCAAGUUUUGAUAGCGUGUUGUUACUUGUAUUUAUUGUAAAAGCUAUGGAAAUAUUUUUACACGUCCUCGUUUCUCUCCUUUUUUUUUUUUUUUUCCCAUUAGGAUAACAGUAAGGAAGAAAGUCCCUGUUUUAACUAGAUUAUUUCUCACCUGCAGAAUUUCACAGCCAAUUUGGGUUUUGAUACCAUAUUUCUUGGCUUGCAAAGGAUGAUCUCUCAGGUCCAAAAUAAAGUUGGGCAGAAACUCUGCUCUUUGAAAGUUUUAUUCUAAGUCCUGUUUGAAGGAAAGAAGAACUCCCAUCUGUCCAAAACAAUGUGAUUUCCAUGUAGCAGCAAAAUUUUAUCUAUUUGAAAAACUGGACUGCUUUCAUGAGAGUCAAAAGAAAUGUGAAAGCCAGAUCAUUUGGUUCUCUGAGCUCUGGGGAGCACAUCUCCUCUAGCUCUGCUUCUUGUCCCUGGAGGGCAGUUGUACCUCAGCUUCCUGCUUAAGUUUUGUCCUGCUGUUCUUCAGUUUGUGAAAGUAUGAAUAUUACCAGAGACCUUUGCAUUCAAAUAGAAAAACUGAAUUCUGCAGCUGUGCUGAAAUGUUAUCAAUGACAUGAUUUUGGCAAACAUUGAAUGCUUCACGGAUAAAUCUGGUUUUGAGGAGCCAACCUACUUCUUUCACGUGCUCUUGUCUAAACCAGCAGCAAGUCCAUGAGCAUUAGUAGAGUUGGCGCUCACUGUGGGCAAUUCUCAGCAAAAGUCAGCACCCCUGCUCAGUCCCUGUGCCUCCGAAGGGAGCGUGGGACCACUGAGCCCCGGGGCUGCCAUGCCAUGACCUGCUUCCCUGCAGGUCGUGCAGCUUUUUUAAAACCAGAGCUUUGCUGCUAUUUUGCCGGUGUCUUCCCGACACCAGCGGCUUCUUCUCUGGCAACUUCAGAUGCUAUUUACCUGCAUAGCCAAGUGUUCAAUAGCUGCCAACAGUACCAAUACAAUGUUCUGAGAGCAAAUGUUUAAGUUAUUAUUUUUCCCCCCAUUUGCCUGAUGGAAGCAGGGACCACCAAUGUGGUGAUGUGUGGGGAAUGUCUGCACACUUGACCUCUUCAAUGGCUUCUUCUAGCCAUGUUCAGUGCUUAUUAUUUCUCUUCCUCUCCCUCUGUGCUUCUCAGUAGCCACUUUUGUUGCUUGUAACUCUCACAUAACGUACUGUAUGUAGGGCCGGAUCCAGAGCCCCCUGCACUCCGUUGACUUCGGGCUGCAAUGUUGGUUGCUGUUGCUGCUUUUCCUCCUCUCUCUUAGCCCCAACUCUGAGCAAAGCAAAGAUUUCCGUAGUAAGUCACCUAUAGCUCUUCUUAGUUAGAUACCUCUAGGUGUCAGCUGCGUGGGGUGUGCAUGCACUGCCGAGGUGGGCAGCGAGGGUGUCCUUUUUCUCGGGUGUCCUCGCAUCAGGGCCGGGGCUCUGCAGCGAAGCCGUGCUGCGUGCGGACCUGACUGGCGUAGGCAGAACAAAUUAGCUUCUCCCAUUUUAUAAUGUCAGGGCUGGGCUGGUCCCAUAGGCAAUGUUCUUCAUUUGUUCUUGCAUCGAGGUAGCAUUGACUCUAGUUGGAGAGUGCAAUUUUUUGUUUGUUUGUUUUUUUAAUAAAUAAAUUUGGUUUAAAGCUUCACACUGGCGUUUUACAGACCUGUUCUUGUCAGCAUAAGCCACUGCUGUCCUGAGUUGAGACUCCUGUUUGUUACUGAAUCAAAAUAAUGGGAAUUAUGUUAACAAUUGGGAAAGAAAUGAGAGGUAACUAUAUUGGCAAGGGAGGGGUAGAUAAAGAUAAAAUAUGAGGAGAAAAUGUUUCUAAUAAGGCCGUAAAUUAUUGGGUCUGACACUGCGGGUGCUUUCUCUGUAUAGAUGGUUUUAACGCAUCACUGCUCUGUGUUAGGGUUUUCCAUUACUGACAAAAGUUGAGUUUCACACUCCAUGACAGACUACGGCAAUCUGUGUCCUGAAGCCAAUGACCCACCAAAGCCAGAUAAACGUGCGCUACGUGGUUCUUGUAGCGGAGGCAGUUCGUGUGGCUGGGAGGUUGCGUUCGCUGAGGUCUGGCUGCCGCUCCACACCUGCCUGCUGGUCCUCUGAAACAGCCGGGUGCUGGUGGCACUGCUGGGAAAUGUUUUCUGUCUUUAUUUGAUGGUGACCUGCCCCUGAUGCUCAGGGUUAUUCGGGUGCAAUGGUACCUUUCUUUCUUGGUCCCUGUGUGGUGGAGAAAAGAAGCAGAGGGGAGGGAGAAUCGCUUGGCACUGCAGGAGAAUUUCUGAAAUGUAACUCUUGAUGUGAAAGUAAAUAUUUCAGGCUUUUCCAGAUACUCUGCUCUCAAACCUAUAUUAGCAACUCUGUGUUUGAUGCCUGAAGUUGAAGCGAUACCGCAGUGCAAACAGUUCUGGUGUCAUUUGAGAGUUUGUUCUUGAACUGUGUCUGGGUCACCAGGGAAGGAGUAAUAAAUAAAACCCCAUCAUCACCCUUGGGGUUUAGUUGGGAAGCGAUCAAAUUUGUUUCUGAGUUCAGGUCCCCCUGAGCAUGCAGACUGGUUUUGUCCCUGUCCCCAAAAAGCAGGCCAGAAGAGAAUGCUGCAGUCACUGAACUUAGCCUGUAACGAUUAGUGAACUGGAGCAAAUAAAAGGGGAAUUAAAAACAAACUUUUUAAAAAAUGAAAUAUUUCUGUGAAUAGCUGACUUAACUAUUUCCUGUCUUAGAUUUUCAUGAGGGAGGAAAAAAAGCAGUUAUAAUUGUUUCCAGUCUCUAGGAGGAUUUUUUUUGCCCCGUGCUGAAUAGGCCUGCUGAAAAGACUUACUCGUUACUCACAGCGGGUUCAAGCCCGGAGUAUUGUGAAAGCAGAGUGUGUGUAGCGUUACAAUGACUUUUUUGUACUAAGGGUCCAAACUGACUGUUGUGGGGUCAAUAGUGUACAGAGAGGGUGCACUUCUGUUGUCUGGCAAGGCUCAUGUUAUGUCAGUGCCAUUCCUUUAUUACAGGUUUAAUCGCAGACAGCAGCGCUGGUUACUCUGCUCCUGGUGUUUGGGCAUAAUCAAGCAGAUGAGACUCUUCAGCUGAGACUCGAUAUCACGUUUCACAUGGGAGAAUUCUUGCCAGCAGUUUGCUGUUUUGGUCAAAGUUCAGAUGCAGAUAACUCAAGGAGGGUGUUGAAAGCAACUCCAUUGGGCAUGUAUGUCAGCGGCUGUUUCCAGAGCUGUUAAUUAGCCCGAAGAAUUUCUGGAAACAGGAGAUAAUCAGUUACUGGGAGCCUAAACCUGUCACUGAGUGAAGGCUGAGAUCUGUUUGAGUGGUUGUGCUCUCCUCCAUUAGGAGAGAACUUGCACAUGGCUUGUUUGGAAAAUCCUAUGGGUUUCACUCUACCAAAUUUGUAUUCGAUGACAAAAUUGAUCUAGGCCUGGUCCAAAUGAGGCUUUGCAGUGGGUUUCCUGGGUCACUGAUGUUCUUAUUGUGACCUUGAAUAUUAAAUCCUGUUGUUGUUUUUGUGUUGGUGUAGCACUCCAUUUUCUAGUGGAUAGGUGGUGGGAAUGUACCUGGUGGGGGUUUGGGAGAGUAUGUUGGUGACCAGAGAUAGAGAAAUGUGUGGUUGGUCUUAGUGUGUGUGGCCAAGUUGGUGACGCUAUUUGUUUGUUUUUGUUGGGUUUUGUUUUGUUUAAAAUGGGAACCAUGUUGUCUGUUCUGCUUGGGACAAAGUCUAGAAGUUGGUGUGGGUUCUGUCACUGUGUACAUGGAGAAGGAAUAACAGAUUUUUUUUGAUUGUUUUUAUUUGGAGAGAGGUUACAGGCGGGAGUCCGUUCAGUUUGUUUUGGGAUGCAAGUUAAGCGUUGAGACAAGAGUUGAAGAAAAUGAGUUUGGGGAAACCUUGUGGGAUUUUGUUUGCUUUUUUUUGGUUUGGUUUGUUUGGUGUUUUUUUGUUGUUGUUUUUGUUUUUUAAACAGUGUUGGACCAUAUUUGCUUGUGGCCUCUAAUCUCGUUUCCUAGAAGGCAGUGGAGUGAAUAUUGGUCAUAGUGCGGAUGUUUGAGGUUUUGGCUAAGUAUCGGUUCUUUCAGAGCUGACAGGUUUUUUGACAUUCACAGCAUCAGCCAUUAAUGUACCUAUAGUAAAUGUAGAGCUAGAAGCAGAAAUGAGUACUGCAGACCCAUGGAUUGUCCAAUUCUUGUUUAAUGAACUUGAGGUGACAUGUUGGAUAAAACUACUUCUACAGUGAAGAGCUCCUGCUAGGGCCCAAAUGUGUUUGGGUCUCUGAGGUGCUUUCCUAGAAAAGCAGAUCAGGUGUAUGAUAGAAAAAUAUUGCCUUUCUCAAUCAUUCCAGUCAAAACUGAAAACCAGAAAAAUGGCACUUAGAGCAUGCAACGGUACCUUUUGCCACUGGUGGUAUGAGUUACAUCAUUAAUGAGGGACAAAAUGCCCCCAUCAGCCUGAACUGGCACAAAGCAGAAGACCUUUUUGUGACCAGUCCCCGAGUCUGCAUGUAAUCUUAGAUUCAACACGAUUAGAUUUUUAGGUAGAAAAGCUCAAUUACUUCUUUAUGGGCCAACACAAGAGUUACAUCCUCAGUGCAGAAAAUUUAGCUCUCCUUCGUGCCAAGUGAUCCAUAGAAAAGUCUCUCAAGCUUUUUGAUCAUCCGGGGACCUGUGGCACUGUAGCUGAUACAUACGGUACUGUGGGCCUGCUUCUGGGACUGGGACAAUAGAAGUGCAUCUCCCUCCUACUCUAAAUGAAUGAAAUGAUCAUAGCACAUUUCUUUUCAUUGCUUUAGAUUUGUCUGGGGGAGGGGGACGACAAUGGUUGUGCAGACCAUUACCUUCCCCCUAAGCCAGACUUGCAGACUUGACUUGAUUUUAGUGCCCAGUCCAGAACUGGUUUCAGAGCUGUCCUCGUGGUUGUGUCUGGAAGAUGGCUCUGCUCCCCUGGCUGGGACAGGGGCUGCAUUUGGGGUGCUGCCCCUCAUUUCCAUGACUGCCUAAUGGCCACAUGCUGUGGCCAGGUGCUUGCUUGCUCAGAGAACCACAGUGCAAUGUAAAGCAAUGGAAUUUUGGUGUGUGGUUUGUUUCUUUGUUUUUUUCCCUAGAGCAGCAUCUGCUGAAGCCAUGAAGUAAAAACAAAUGUUUGGGGGCGGGAUUUUAAUCAUGUCUGUGUCUGUAGAGGUGAGAACUCGGUAUGGGUCACUCAAUGGAGAAUGAGAAAAUUUCUCAGGCAAUUGUACUUGUGAAGAUGCAGAGCAAGAACUUGAGAUUUUUGUCCCUGAAGGUGGAUCUCAGCAACCUUCUUCAGGCAUUUGUUACAGCUUGGAGGUGAACAGUGUCUGAUAAUGGUUAUUCAGGACCACUCAAAAACUUCUGGAGGAAAAGAAGAGAAAAUUUGAGGUUCUGUACACUUGUAGAGCAGGGAGUUACAAUAAACUUAAAAUACUGUCAGGUGCUUUAUGGAUUAUUUUUUUUCCUAGGAUUGUCACAGGUCCUCAUGAGUGUAUCGGGGCUGGUGCUAGAGGUGUGGCACAGCAGUUGAGUAUAGAUACCUGCAAAAAUGCAUAGCUAUACAUCUGUGGUGUACGUGUGUAUAUUGGCAAAGAUCAGCCUAGAAAGGGCCUGGAGUAAAUUACGCUUGAUAAGAGCUCCCUCUCCGUGUGUUCCACACACACACCACAAUAACGUGUUUAGGCAGCUUUAGCUCCUCUCAAGGUGUCGGCCAUCACACACCUGACAGCACGCAGGUGCUGCAGCCUGGGCUUUGGAGGGUGGCAAAUGCUAGCGGAAAGGGCAACUCUGGGUGCACACCAUCACCCUGCCCUUCCUGCUCUUCUGUGCCUAAAGCCGGAGCUCUGCCAUGCCAGCGCAGGAUCAUGCCCUUGGCACAACGCUUGCCGUGUCCAACAGAGCCAAGCUCAGCUCUACCAAGCGCUUUGAGGGGUGCUUGCAGCAGUAAGCGCUGCUCCACAGCAGUGAUGCUCACCUCCCGUGUGUGCAGGACCAGCGGAGGUUGCGAGGGACGGCCAGAGUUUGAGGGCUGUUUUCUCAGCGUUAUUACAAGUUCUUGCAAUGUGAACCUCUAAUGUUUUCAGACUCAGGCAGAAAGGACUUGCUAAACAGACUGUACCUGUCAUCUCCCAGUUCAUUGAUUGCUUGGACCAAAGGUGGUGCUAAACCUGAUCAUCUGUAAUAUUUAUAUUUUGUUGGACUUUUUUUUUUUUUUUUUUUUGAAGUGUUUGAUAAAACAGAUGCAGUGUCCUUCUUACAUGAGAAGCUUAUUCCCUGCUUGGGACUUGGCAAAAUUCACUGGUCCUUCAGGGUCCAGAAUUGUUGCUUGAUAACAUUUGAGCAGGCUUGCAGUGUUCUGGGGGGAGGUGGGGAAAGGGUACUCUAUCUUCAAAUGCUUGCAGACUGUAAGAAUUGACUUGUGAUUUUUUUUUGUAUUUUGUUUACAUUGCCUCUUAUGCCCUAAGGAAAAAUAAAUUUUUGACCUUUUUAAUUGUGAUCCAGUUGGUUUAUUUUAUUUUUUUCAACUUUUUCAAUACUGUUUUAAUUCCACUUGGUUUGUCAAACCACUAAAUUUAACUUUCCCAGAAUAACUUGUGAUGUACGUGUAUGUGCAAUUGCAAAUUUCAGCUCAGACUUAAAUGGAUAAAGGAUCUUCUCUUGUCCCCUG